AGCCUGCAGCCCUGCAGACAGAAGCAAGGACAUCCAAGAUCUAUCCUCCCUGCAGCUGUGCCGGCCCGUUUCGAUCUUGCACACAAAUUCCAGCACCCAGCAGCACACACGCAGAAUCGAAGAUGCUUCUUCCCAGGCACAGAUUCUUCAAGUUCAGGUCCUUGUAGUUGCAGCUGCAAACGGGACUCGCAGGAUCUCAUUCUCAUCACUUGAUCAGCUAGCUAGCUGAACCAGCAGGUGAUCUGAUCUGAUCAGAGAGAAGCAAAAAUCUCUCCGCUUUCUCCAUUUCUUCCACACAUAGUCGUCUUUAAUUCCAGGUGGCAGCAAGGCCAGGGACGAGCGAGGUCGACUGCUUGCUUGUUCGCUUCUCAGCUCGAUCGAUCGCGAUCAGAAGGGGACGCAGACGGUGGUGACCACCCACGAUUGGUACCUGUUGCGCAGCUGCAUGCGCGCGCGGGAAAAAAGAAGAAACUGAGGUGACUGCAGAAUAGAGGUGCUGCACUGCACUAGUAGCUCAUUGAAUCUGCAAAGUUGCUUGGAGUUGGAGGGCAUCCUGUUCCAUCCAUCGCCCCAUCGGCCAUACAUACAUCACCUCAUCAUUCUCAUCUGCUGUGGCCUGCAGUGCCUUAGCUUCAAUUCUGCCUUCUCUGCUGGUGUUUGGUGUGUGCCUCUGCCUACCACUACCACCACGCAGUUCCGUGCUGGGUCUCUGCUGCCUGCUGCUGCUGCUGCCACAUAUAACCCCCUGGCCGGUGUCGUCAGAGUCAGAUGAGUGCACGGCCCUGCCGCUGCCGUUGCCUCGGCGCCGCGCACCACGCGCACGCGCACGCGGGGGUCGUCGUCUCCUCCUCCGGGACGUCGUCGACGUCCAUGUCCAUGGCGCUGCGGACCACCGGCGCGGACGACUUCUCCUGCCUCAUCAGCUGGCUCCUCUUCCGAGUCUUCGUCUUCUCUGCCUACGACGACAACGACCACGACCUCCUCCCCGGCGGCGCCCUCUAGCACAGGCCGGCCGCAGCCCACACACACCUCUUCCUUCCUCCACUUCUACUUUUGCUUUGCUAGCUGCAGCUUCCAUCCAUCGAUUUGCGGCUAGGCAGGCAGCAGGCUCUCCAUACAUAUAUACAAGCCAGAUAUAUACUAGCAGGUGGUUAUACAGUUGAGUUCUCUGCUUGCUGCAACUAAGAGGACAGAAGGAAAUAAAGCUCCGUGUGGAGGGAGCCGAGCAUGUCGGUGACACGGCGGUGCGGCGGACGGCGGCGGCCGGAGAGGGCGGCGGGGGUACUGGGCGACAACGGAUACGUCGAGACUGACCCCACCGGCCGCUAUGGACGGUUCGACGAGCUCCUGGGCAAAGGCGCCAUGAAGUCGGUGUACCGUGGCUUCGACGAGGAGCGGGGCGUGGAGGUUGCGUGGAACCAGGCGAGCCUCGCCGACGUGCUCCGGUCGCCGGACGCCGUGCAGCGGAUGUACUCGGAGGUGCAGCUGCUGAGCUCGCUCCGGCACGACGGCAUCAUCGGCUUCCACGCGUCGUGGGUGGACGUCGCCGGCCGCAGCUUCAACUUCAUCACCGAGCUCUUCUCCUCCGGCACGCUCCGCUCCUACCGCCUCCGCUACCCUCGCGUCAGCCUCCGCGCCGUCCGGUCGUGGGCGCGGCAGCUGCUCGCCGGCCUCGCCUACCUCCACGCGCGCGACCCGCCGGUGAUCCACCGCGACCUCAAGUGCGACAACAUCUUCGUCAACGGCCACCAGGGCCAGGUCAAGAUCGGCGACCUCGGCCUCGCCGCCGUGCUCGGCCGCCGCGGCGGCGCCGCCCACAGCGUCAUCGGCACGCCUGAGUUCAUGGCGCCCGAGAUGUACGACGAGGAGUACGACGAGAGGGUGGACGUGUACGCCUUCGGGAUGUGCAUGCUGGAGAUGCUCACCGUCGAGUACCCUUACAGCGAGUGCUCCAACCCGGCGCAGAUCUACAAGAAGGUCACCGCCGGCAGGCUCCCCGACGCGUUCUACCGGAUCGACGACGACGACGCGCGCAGGUUCAUUGGACGCUGCCUCGUCCCCGCCGCCAACCGCCCCUCCGCCGCCGAGCUGCUGCUCGACCCUUUCCUCCUCGACCGCCACCAUGUUGUUGCUGCUGCUGCUGGCACGGUGCCAUCAUCAGUGCCGCCGCCACCGUCGUUGCCAGCUGCUGUUGCCGCCGCCGGCGCUCCGCCGCCCUCGACGUGUAGCAGCUCCGCCGACGAUGUCGUCUCGGCGUCGUCGUCGUCGUUGGACGAUGACGAGGGCGAGCAUCAUCACGAGCCGCCACAACAUCCGCCACCGCCGCCGAGGAGUGAGAUGACCAUCACCGGGAAGCUGAACGCGGAGGAGGACACCAUCUUCCUGAAAGUACAGAUCGCCGACGAGGCGACAGGGCACGCGCGCAACAUCUACUUCCCGUUCGACAUGGCGAGCGACACGGCGGCGGAGGUGGCGCAGGAGAUGGUGAAGGAGCUGGACAUCACGGACCGGGACGCGUCGGAGAUCGCCGCCAUGAUCCAGCAGGAGAUCGGCAGGCUGCUGCCGGGGCGAGCGCAGCAGCAGCAGCAGCAGCACGAGUACACGUACGCGGGACGUGACGACGACGACGAAAACGACGAGGAGCGGCCUCCCCCCUUCUGCUGCUACCUCUCCUCGUCUCCCGCCUCCUCCCAUGGCUCUCACUGCGGAGUGGGGCCCUACGGCUUCCCUGGCCAACGUGGCGGUGGCUGGUCCAAAGAUCAUCAUCACUGGUACGCUUUAAGCGACAACGACGAUGACAUGAGCUCCGUGCACUCCGGUAAGUACUCUCCUCUCCAUUACGCCUCAGGUGCCGACGAGGCGGAGGAGCCCAUGCCCACCUGCUGCACCGGCACCGGCUCGUCCAAGACAAGGUUCGGCGGCGGCGGCGGCGGGGGCAGCAGCUCCGCCGCCGCGCAGCUCGCGCGGCAGCUGCAGCGGCAGUGCAGCAUGUCGGUGUCGCCGCAGCACGCGGGGCGGCCGCGGCGGCGGGAGGACGACGACGACGGGACCGGGACCAGCCGGCGGAGGAGGAUGACGCGGAACCGGUCGAUGGUGGACAUGCGGAGCCAGCUGCUGCACCGGACGCUGGUGGAGGAGCUCAACCGCCGCCUCUUCUUCAACACCGUCGGCGCCGUCGAGAACAUCGGCUUCCGCGCGCCCACCACCACCUCGCCCUCCGCCUCGUCGUCGUCGGUGUCCGCGGCGGCGCGUGGGCGUGGCGGCCUCGACCACCGCGGCAGGAGAGGCGGCGGCAACGGCAACGGCAACGGCAAGCAGCAGCUGGACGAUAAGCAGCAGUACUUCAUGCUUUAGUUCCAGCAGUAUAUGUCAGUCCGAUCGAGUUUUUGUGUUUUUCUUUUUAGCCGAUUGCGUUGGAUGAGAGUACUGUAUGUUAGUAUAUAUAUAUGUACAUGCAUGCAUACAUGCAGCUGGGGAAAAUGCAUGGCGAAUGAGAACUGGUUCGGUUCACCCAUGCAAGCAAAAAUAUGUGUAUACAUUUUCAACAGCAUAGGCUUAGCAUGCCACUGCUAAGGUUUAAUUUUACAAACUUGCAACAUAUAUAGUCUGUGACUCUGUACA